AUGUCCUGUCCCAGCGCCAGAGCAGGACCCGCGGGGAGGAUGCCCAGAGCCGCCCGGGACCAGCCCCUGGAGGGGCCUCUGUCCAAGUACACCAACCCACUGCGGGGGUGGAAGAAGCGGUUCUUUGUGCUGGAGCCGGACACGGGGCAGCUGUGGUACUACCUCAGUGCUGCCUCCAGAGGCCAGCAGGCUCCUCGGGGGGCCCUGUCUGUGGUGGGGGCCCGGGUCUGCUCCAGUCCAGACCACCCCUUCAUGUUCACCGUACAGUCCAGCAGCGGUGACACCUACAAGCUCAGAGCUCAGGACGCGCAAGAGCAGGAGGUGUGGAUGACGCAGCUGCAGCUCUGCUCCAGGAGGCUGUCGGACUCAAGCAAGACGCUGAGUCCUGAAGCACAGAGCCCCGCCCACACGUCUCUGGAGCCUCAGCCCAAACGAGGGCCUCUGUCUGGGGACCAGGACGUCCUGCUCUUCAAAACCCCGUCCUCCCUGAGUUGCCUGAGUCAGUGUCUGAGUCUGUUCCACCAGAACCUGCACCGCGCCUCCCUCCACAACCACAUCCAAAGCCCCAGUCCCCAGCCCUGCUCCCCCCCAGGCAGAGCUGCGGUCCUGGGGCAGCCCAAGCCCUGCGCGCCCCUCCAGCACCGUGACCCUGAAGGCGUAAGCUCAGCCAAUCACAGCCCAGCACUCAGACAGGGCAGCUUCAGAGCAGAUCCCGGCCCCGGCUGCUCCACACCGCCAUCAGACAAGCACCAGAGAAACAGCACAGCGCCCCCUCUGGCCAACUGCAGAACUACCAGGGAACCAGCCCAGAGCACAGAGGGAGCAGAGGAGGAGGUCACGGACACAGAGGAGCACGAGGAGGAGCACCUUGGGGUUUUGGACGAACAGAGAAGUGUGAUCAUACACCUGCUUUCCCAGCUGAAGCAGGGCAUGGAUCUAACCAGGGUGGUGCUGCCGACCUUCAUCCUGGAGAAACGCUCUCUGUUGGAGAUGUACGCAGACUUCCUGUGUCACGCGGACAUGUUCCUGAGCAUCACGUCCGGCCGCAGCCCAGAGGAGCGAAUGGUGCGUGUGCUGGAGUACUACCUCACCUCCUUCCACGAGGGCCGGAAAGGCGCAGUGGCCAAGAAGCCUUACAACCCGGUUCUGGGCGAGACGUUCCACUGCUCCUGGAGGGUCCCAGCCGAGCGAGUGAAGGGCCCUAGACACACAGCCGCUCCGAGGCAGAGCGUGGAGGGGAGUGGUAGCCCGGCCCAAAGCUACAGGGUGCGCUUCGUGGCAGAGCAGGUGUCGCACCACCCUCCGGUCUCGGGUUUUUACUGCGAGUGUCCAGAGAAGAAGAUCUGUGUGAACGCUCACGUCUGGACCAAGAGCAAGUUCAUGGGCGUGUCUGUGGGAGUGUCCAUGGUGGGAGAGGGGGUGCUGUAUCUCCUGGAGCACGGUGAGCAGUACGUCUUCACGCUGCCGUGUGCGUAUGCGCGCUCCAUCCUCACCGUGCCCUGGGUCGAGCUCGGCGGCAAAGUCACCAUCAGCUGCGCCCAGACCGGGUACCAGGCCGCGGUCACCUUCCACACCAAGCCUUUCUAUGGAGGCAAGACACACAGAGUGUCUGCAGAGGUUCGGCACGGCCACACGGGAGCGGUGGUGUGCCGCGCUCAAGGUGAGUGGAACGGCGUUCUCGAGUUCACGUCCAGCAGCGGGGAAACCAGAGUCCUGGACACGCAAAGACUCCCGGUGAGGAGGAAGAAGAUCCGCCCACUGGAGCAGCAGAGUCCUCAUGAGUCACGGCGUCUGUGGCAGCACGUGACCGAGGCGCUGAAGGCCGGGAACAUGGAGCAGGCCACAGAGCACAAGCACCACCUAGAGGAGAGACAGAGGAGUGACGAGAGGCAACGAGCAGCCGCCAAGACUUCCUGGACGCCCAAACACUUCAUCAAACAGGUCCAAAAACACAUUUGGCACUUUACCAUAGGGUUUGUAUAUUAG